CAAUACAAUAUUACCAAAUACCAUAUAUCUUCAUCCUUGUUCAUUGUUGCAGGAGUGCGAAUUUUUUGCCUAGAAGUCUAUAUCCUUUAUUGAAUCUUUUGUUCUGAUACGUUUCUGUCACAAUGCGCGUAAUUGUGAAGACUCUGACUGGCAAGGAGAUUAAAGUGGACAUUGAGUCUUCAGAGACAGUGGAAGAGUUGAAAGAGUAUGUUGAAGGUAAAGAAGGUGUUCCAGUUAAUCAGCAAAGAUUUGUAUUUAAUAGAGAGCAGUUAGAGAAUGAGAAGACAUUACAAGAUUACAAUAUUGAAGAUGGAUCUAUAGUUCAUAUGGUCCUUCGCUUAGGUGGUCCUUGCACUACAUGCAUUAUGAAUGUGGCGCACAAUUUUGCAAAAGAUCUUUUAAAAGUUGAUGGAAAUAAUGUUGAAACAACGCAAUUGAAAAGUAUGGCAGAAAGGGCGCUCUCAGUUGCCCAAAGUCUUGAACAAUUACAUAAGGUCAGAGAGAAUGGAGAUAAAAUCAAAAUUAAGCGUCAAUUGAAAUGUCAAUCAAAAGAGGAACAGCAAUCAAAGUGAAGAAUUUUAGCACAAAUUAAUGCAAAAUAAAUUCAUUAAAAUUAAAAAAAUUUUUUUAAACUAUUCAAACAA